AUGCCCAACCCCUUAAAUCGUCCUCUCAAAAAGAUACGAUCGUGUCCAAAGCCCGUGACACCUCUUCAAGAGGCUUACUUAGGCCAACGAGAAAAAAAUCAGCGACAAAUAGGGCGUUCAGCAGCCAGGGCAGAUCCGAGUGAACUCACAGUAUCCAACUCAACACCCACUGAUGAAGAUUUGUUGCACAAUCGGUCAGAAGAAUUCGAAAAUAAUGAUUUUAACUUUGAUUUCCAUCCUAGAUUCGAACAUGAAGAUUUACCUGAGACUGAUGGUUAUGAUGAAGAGCAAGACGAGGAGAUCGAAGGCUAUUCGGAGCUAGAUGAAGACGAAGAAAUUCUUUCAGGCCUGGCGCGAGCUGAUUAUGAUGCAAAACGACUCAAACAAGAGAUUCGUUGGGCUCACCAGUGUAAAUGCAUGACACCCAUCUUCCUUCGAUGUCGACAAGCAACAUCCAACUGGGCUAGCAAGGCGAACUGGGAUAGCGAUUGGAAAACACCCUGUACAUGCCCAUCAUACCGCCGGCGUGUGUGUUGGGUUGAUAUGGUUGACCUUCACACACGACAGAAAGCACAAGUUCUGUUCUGUGACUGUCAAUCGGAUCCCGUCCGCCUUGUCGAGAUGGGUUAUAUUGGUGCGACUCCUGUCCAUCCAAAAACGGCCUUUUCCAUCCGCCUGCUUAAACACUUCCAAGUGGUAUGGAAGUACUGCGCACAACGCAUAC